AUGUUGUACAAGACUAUCGUUUCUACUGCUUUGUUAGCUCAAGCUUUGGCUGCUCCAUUAGCCAUCAACCAACAACACCAACACCACAAGCACAAUGAAGAAAAAAGAGCUGUUCAUGUUGUUACUCAAACCAAUGUUGUUGUUGUUACUUUAGGUGCUGGUGAUGCUACUACUACUUUCACUCCAGUUUCUGUUGAAACUCAUGAAACUUCAGCUAGUCAAGUCACUGAUGCUCCUCAAGUUCAACCAACUACUACUGCUGAUGCUUCUUCAUCAAAUAAUGAUGGUGGUGAAUCUUCCUCAUCAGCUUCAACUGCUGACUCUUCUUCAUCAUCAUCUGACUCUUCAUCUAAUGUUGGUUCUGGUGGUGCUAAGGGUGUCACUUACACUCCUUAUGCUGACAAUGGUAACUGUAAAACCUCAUCUCAAAUUGCUUCUGAAGUUGCUGAAUUGAGUGGGUUUGAUGUUAUUAGAUUAUACGGUGUUGAUUGUGAUCAAGUUGCUCAAGUCUUGCAAGCCAAGACUUCUGGCCAAAAGAUUUUUGCUGGUAUCUAUGAUGUUUCCGCUAUUUCAGAUGGCGUCCAAGCCAUUUCUGAUGCCGUUGAAGCUCAUGGUUCAUGGGAUGAUAUCCAUACUGUUUCAGUUGGUAAUGAAUUGGUCAACUCAGGUCAAGCUAACCCAUCUCAAAUUAAAUCUUACGUUAACCAAGCUAAAUCUGCUUUGAAAUCUGCUGGUUACACUGGUUCAGUUGUUUCCGUUGAUACUUUUAUUGCUGUUAUUAACAACCCAGAGUUGUGUGAUUAUUCCGAUUACAUUGCUGUCAAUGCUCAUUGUUUCUUUGAUGGUUACUACACUGCUGAUCAAGCUGGUGAAUGGGUCUUGUCUCAAAUUCAAAGAGUUUCAACUGCUUGUGGUAACAACAAGAAUGUUUUGAUUACUGAAACUGGUUGGCCAUCAAAGGGUGAAUCAAACAACAAGGCUGUUCCAUCUAAACAAAACCAACAAGCUGCUAUUCAAUCUAUUAAAGACACUUGUGGAAGUGCCUCUAUUUUGUUUACUGCUUUCAAUGAUUUAUGGAAAGCCGAUGGUGCUUACGAUGCUGAAAAAUACUGGGGUUUCUUGUCAAACUAA